AUGUGUGUGCAUACAGUGAGCGGCUGCGGCUCUAUAUCUCAUCUACUUUUGCCAUUUACACUCUACCUCGUCAAGUCUUAUCAGAGCCUACGGGACACCAUCACCGACCAUGUCAUCGUCUCUGACCUUUCUGUCAUUCCCGUCCCACCAACCCAACCUACUGUCUAUCUUCUCCGCACAGCCGGCCAGCUGGGAACGCCGCCACGGAGCUCUAAGCCUGUGUCAUCGCCACUCCCAAACACAUUUGCAGAACAGGCAGCCAACGCGUUUCAGAAUGUCUCAGCGUGUCUAGCGGUCGCGAACGCUGCUCCAUCAGAUGUAUCAAAGUUGAACAUCUACGGGGUUAAUCUCACCGAAGCUCUCAGGGACAUUGUUGCCGCUGCUGUUCGGGACUUUUUCGGUGACAGUGGGCAUGCACCACCCAGCGUCCUUAUUGGCGUUUCAGCACUCGCUAUUCCUGGUUUCCUUAUCGAAGUGGAGGCCGAGGCUGCGAUUGAGGUAGAUUAG